AUGCAACUAUUAUCUCAGGCCGAGCGGAACGUGUUAUAUAAUCAAAAAGCCCGAAAAGUCAGUGAAUCGCAUUACGAAAAUUUUACUCAAAGUGAGGAGAGCAAGAAAUCCGCCAGACGGAGGGAGAUUGAUCGGAAAAACACCGGAUGUGACUCAUCGGAUAAAAAGAAUACUUAUACAUCAGCGCUUGUAUUUUCAACAGAGAACCCAAUCAAAGAGGUGCUGAUAGAGAGUACAGCAGAUCGUAAAAUUUCGAAGCGUUUGAUUUGCCGUUCAAGACUGUGCAAUACUAUCCUCACGGCAGAAAAUAUCAAAUCACGUGCAGCGUUAACUGCAGAACUGGAAAAGAAGUGUCUAUCACGACCGAAGUUUAGCAAUGCGCAAGCUGAAACCAUGGUUACCGUUACCAACGUGGAAGAUAGAAAUGCGGACCGGACAGUUACUGAUAAUGUUCUUUUCCCAAAUAAAAAGCAUAGUAUAGUGUCCAAUGAAUCACCCUGCGUCGUGCGAUUUAUGUACUUGGGUGCAUCGAAAUUUGAUUCGGAGCAAUUAAAGAAAUCCAGUAGCAAAUCUGACUCUCAGCUCUCCCGGAAUCCACGCUCGCAUAUGUUUGAUGGUGAUACCAAAACCGCGCGUUUAAUCACCGUAAUUCAGCAACCCAAUGGAGGAAACACAAUAACAGUUUUCAAGGGCCACCUACAACCCGGAGACAGCGAAGUUGUAAAAGAUCGGCAAACAGCGUCUUCCGAACACUUCUCCAAGUUUGACGAUUUGUCUGCUAAUGUAUUAUCUUCAAAAACCAAUCUAAUGGACACAGAUAGGGAGAAAUCAAUUAGAGCAGACAGUUUAUCAACUGAAUUUAAACCCAUUUGCACCAAUUUGAACCGGCGUAUUGUGAAAUCGACCACAUGGGAAUGCUUCACCCCUGCCAAUGCAGAAAUGCAAAUGAAUUUGGAUCAAGUAGACGAGCGUGUUCCUGAAUGCCAAUCGGGCAAAGUUUUGCAUUAUGGUAUUGAACAAAUGACUGAGGGUCAUUUAUCUCAAGGUCUAAGACCGUUUGCGGAUUCUACGACACACACACCUAUACUUAGCGACGUUGAUAACCAUCGAAGCCCUUCGACAGAGAUCGAACCAUCGAACGAUUGUACUGCAGAGCGUUAUCAAGACGAUUUCGAAGAAGAGCUGGAUGAUAAUGAUGAUGAGGAGGAGGAAGAAGUAAAUUUGUUUCCCGAACAUGAGAUGGAAACGGAAUACCGUAGUUUAGAGCAACAUUUGGAUAUGAAAGAUUCCGGAGAAACUCAUUCCCUGGACAAUCGUUCCAGCAAACGUCGAAAGUUAAGUUGA